AUGAAGCUGAAGUAAUUAAUAAAAGAAACUGAUAAGGAAUUGAAUAAAAGAGGUAUCAUUAAUUUGAACGAGCUAAAUUAAAAAAAGAAACAUUUUCCCACUAAUAAAGCUGGUAACCUAUAUAGAAAACAAGAAUUUAAUCUUAAAAAAUUAUAAGCUACACUCAAUCAAUAAAACUCAAUAUCAAACUUCCAAGAAAAUCAAGAUCGAAUCUCAAUUUCAAUUAUUAAUGGGUAUGAUGAAAGUGAUGAGGAUGAUUUUUCUGAUCAACAUUUAGAGAAAUAAAUUUUUAUGUCAGAUAGUUCGCUAGAAAAUGAAAAUAUGGAGGGAAAUCUUUACAACAAGUACUGA